AUGGCGGAUGGGGACAGUGGCAGUGAACGCGGAGGUAGCAGCAGCGGUGGCGGGGGAGGAGGAGGAGGAGGAGGUGGUGGAGGAGGCGGCGGUUUCCAGCACUACCAGCGGGAGCCGGAGACCCAGGAGCUGGCGUCGAAACGGCUGGACAUUCAGAACAAACGGUUCUAUUUGGACGUGAAGCAGAACAGCAAGGGCCGGUUCAUCAAGAUCGCCGAGGUCGGGGCCGGCGGCUCGAAAAGCCGCUUGACGCUCUCCAUGUCGGUGGCCGCCGAGUUCCGCGACUAUUUGGGCGACUUCAUCGAGCACUACGCCCAACUGGGGCCCAGCACGCCGGAGCAAGUGGCCCAGGCCGCGGCCGGGGGCGAGGACGGCCAGGGCGGGCCUCGGCGGGCCCUGAAGAGCGAGUUCCUGGUCCGGGAGAACCGCAAGUACUACCUGGACCUGAAGGAGAACCAGCGGGGGAGGUUCCUCCGCAUCCGGCAGACCGUGAACCGGGGGCCGGGGUUCGGCGUGGGCGUGGGGGGCCUGCCCGGAUCCGGGCUCCAGGCCGGGCAGACCAUCGCCCUGCCGGCCCAGGGCCUCAUCGAGUUCAGGGACGCCCUGGCCAAGCUGAUAGACGACUACGGGGGGGAGGACGAGGACCUGGGGGGGGGCGGAGGGGGAGCAGGUGGGGGGUACGGGGAGCUACCGGAGGGGACCUCCAUCAUGGUGGACUCCAAGCGCUUCUUCUUCGACGUGGGCUCCAACAAGUACGGCGUUUUCCUGCGGGUGAGCGAGGUCAAGCCCAGCUACAGGAACUCUAUCACCAUCCCCUUCAAGGCCUGGGGGAAGUUCGGAGGGGCCUUCAGCCGCUACGCCGAGGAGAUGAAGGAGAUCCAGGAGAGGCACCGGGACAAGAUGUACGAGCGGAGAACCGGGGACGAGUCGGAGGGAGAGGACGUGGACGACGACUGA